AUGCACUCGCGUCGACUCGAGACUUUGAAGAUUGACAUCUCCAAGUAUAGGAGAGUCGAAGAGGACUCCCUCCUGAGAUGGUUCGUCGAACUAGACGACGCCAUAAGGACGCUUCGCAUCGAUGAUGGGGAAAUGCAAGUUGCAUUUGCCCAGUCAAAUCUGGCAGGACGUGCCAAGACUUGGGCUUUGGGACUCAAGUUGCACGAUCCAUAUGCGUUUGGGUCGUUGGAAGUCUUCAAGUCGCGGCUCAGACAAACGUUUGAACCGCCUAGAGCUGAGUUCAGAGCUCGAACCGAACUCUUGAAGCUCAAGCAGGGUAAGCGUGAUGUGCACGCUUACGCGCAACAGAUACGACAUCUCACGAGUUGUAUAAGUUCCAACCCGGUUGAUGAACACACGUUGGUUUCGGUGUUCAUGCAGGGUCUUGUGGAUGGUCCCGUCAAAACUCACCGGCUCCGAUUUGAACUAGAUUCACUAGAACAAGCCAUUUCCAUUGCGGACAGGAAGACUCCAGUCUGA